AUGGCUGAGAGAGACCUGUCAUGUUCGAUAACUUCUCUCUGCCUGCUAGGUUACAGACCUCCAGCUGGUGUGCCCAAUGGAUACGGAGCGAAACCCAACGGUCACGGGCCUGUUGCCGGACAGGGCCCUCCGCCCAACGGGGUUGGUGUUCCCAUGGGAACGCAGAACGGAGGGCCCCCCAACAAGGGAGCAGGCCUGGGGCCGGCGGGGGGGGCAGCCAAUGGGAAUGGAGCCACGCCCAACGGUGACCAUGGUUACGGACCUGCUGCUGGGGCCAAUGGACAGGCAGCCAAACCCAACGGUAACGGUGCCCCUGUUGCUGCACCCAACGGAUAUGGAGCUAAAGCCAACGGUCACGGAUCUCAGGCCGGGCAGAGCCACGGACAUGGAGCAAAGGCCAACGGUCAAGGAGCAGCUGCAGGGUCCCCCAAUGGAAACGGAGCCAAGCCGAAUGGAGCCUAUGGGGGAGCAGGGAGCAAGCCCCUGAAAGGAUACGUCAGGCCUCCCUACGGAGCAGGUGCAGGUCUGGGCAUGGGAGGGCAGAGAGGCCUUGGCGUGCCUCAGCUAGCAGGGAACCAGAGAGGAGGAUACGGUGGGAAUGGAUAUGGCUAUGGAGCGCAACCCAUGGGAGGUUACAGGAUGAAUGGUCCCUAUGCCAGACUGGGGCUUGGUACUGGGUACAGCAAUGGAGGAGGAUCUAAAGGACCCAAGCCAGGUUACGGGGCCCCCAAUGGACAAGGUGCCAGGCCCAACGGUUAUGGUGGUCCCAAUGGACAAGGAGCCAAGCCCAACGGUUAUACUGCUCCAGCUGGCACCCCCACUGGGCAAGGUGCCAGGCCCAACGGUUACGGUGGUCCCAAUGGACAAGGUGCCAAGCCUAAUGGCUAUGGUGCUCCUAAUGGACAAGGAGCCAAGCCCAACGGUAAAUAUUGGUGUGACUUAACAUCUUUUUAA